AUGCCAGGGGCAGGGCGGCUGGGGGCAGGGCCGCCGCCGGACAAACAGAUCAAAGGUGAGGCGCCCUGGGGCUCCAGACGGGGCCUGGCCGAGUGCACCAUGAGGCUGCUGGGCCUCCUGGGCCUGCUGUGGGGCUCGGCGGCCGCCGCGUCCUCGGGCCCGCAGUGGCCCGAGCCCGUGUUCGGGCGCCUGGCAUCUCCUGGCUUCCCGGGCAAGUAUGCCGACAACCAGGAGCGGCGCUGGGCCCUGACGGCGCCCCCCGGCUACCGCCUGCGCCUCUACUUCACUCACUUCCACCUGGAGCCCUCCUACCUCUGCGAGUACGACUUCGUCAAGCUGAGCGCCGGGGCCACGGUGCUGGCCACGCUGUGCGGCUCGGAGAGCACGGACACGGAGCGGGCGCCCGGCAACGCCACCUUCUACUCGCCGGGCUCCAGCCUCGACGUCACCUUCCGCUCCGACUACUCCAACGAGAGGCCGUUCGCGGGCUUCGAGGCCUUCUACUCAGCAGAGGACAUCGACGAGUGCCAGGUGCCCCCAGGAGAGGCCCCCACCUGCGAGCACCACGGCCACAAUCACCUGGGUGGCUUCUACUGCUCCUGCCGCGCGGGCUCUGUUCUCCACAGGAACAAGCACACCUGCUCAGCCCUGUGCUCAGGCCAGGUCCUCACCGCCCGCUCUGGGGUGCUCAGCAGCCCUGGAUACCCGCAGCCGUACCCCAAACUCUCCAGCGGCACCUAGAGCAUCCGCCUGGAGGAGGGGUCCCGUGUCACCCUGGACUUCGCGGAGUCCUUUGACGUGGGGACGCACCCCGAGACCCAGUGCCCCUACGACUCCCUGAAGAUUCAAACAGACAAGGAGGAAUGGGGCCCGUUUGGUGGGAAGACGUUGCCCCGCAGGAUUGAAACCAAGAGCAGCGCUGGCCAUCGCCUCUGCCGCCGGUCAGUCGGGGGCCACAGGGGCUGGGAGACCCGCUGCAGCAGCCCAGCUCAGCCCUGCCCUGACCCGAUGGCACCACCUAACGGCCACAUCUCCCCUAUGCAGGCCAAACACAUCCUGAAAGACCGCUUCUUUGUCUUUUGCGAGUCGGGCUACGAACUUCUGCAAGGUUAUUGGCCCCUGAAGUCAUUUGUUGCAGUCUGUCAGACAGAUGGAUCUUGGGACCAACCGAUGCCGGAGUGCGGCAUUGUUGACUGUGGCCCUCCUGACGAUCUACCCAGCGGCCAAGUGGACUAUAUCACGGGUACCGAGGUGACCAUAUACAAAGCUGUGGUUAAAUAUCGCUGUAAUGAGUUCUACACAAUGAGAACAAAUGACGGUAAGCAAAUUGUAAAUAUGUGUGAGGCUGAUGGAUUCUGGACGAGCUCCAAAGGAGAAAAAUCACCCCCCCUUUUUCCCCCCGUUUGUGGAAUAUCCAUCCGUACCACAGAAGGUCGUGUAUAUGGAGGACAAAAUGCAAAGCUUGGCGAUUUUCCUUGGCAAGCCCUGUUAUUAGGUAAAACUAUAGCAGCAGGUGCACUUCUUUAUGACAGCUGGAUCCUAACAGCUGCUCAUGCUGUAUAUGAGCGAAGAGAAGACGCCUCCUCCCUAGACAUUAGAAUGGGUGCCCUGAAGAGACUGUCACCUCAUUAUACACAAGCCUGGGCCGAGGCCAUUUUUAUACAUGAACGUUACACUCAUGAUGCUGGUUACAAUAAUGACAUAGCAUUGACUGAACUGAAGAACAAAGAUGUAUUAAAUAGCAACAUCAUGCCUAUUUGCUUGCCAAGAAAAGAAGCUGAAUGCUUCAUGAGAACCAAUGAUAUUGGAACUGCAUCUGGAUGGGGAUUAACCCAAAGGGGUUUUCUUGCCAGUAAUCUAAUGUUUGUUGACACACCAGUUGGUGACCAUCAAAACUGUACUGCAGCAUAUGAAAAGAAGUCCUAUCCGGGGGGAAGGGUAACUGACAACAUGCUUUGUGCUGGUUUAGAAAGUGGGGGCAAGGACAGCUGUAAGGGCGAUAGCGGGGGGGCAUUAGUGUUUCUACAUAAUGAGACACAGAAAUGGUUUGUGGGAGGAAUAGUGUCCUGGGGUUCCAUUAAUUGUGGGGAAGCAGAUCAGUAUGCGGUCUACACAGAAGUCAUUAACUAUAUUCCCUGGAUCAAGAACAUAAUUAAUAAUUUUUAACUCGUGUGUCUUCGGUGAGUACGUGAUUCUUUGUUCUAAAAAAUACCUGUAAAAGACCUCAGCAGCAAACUGACCUGAGAAACAUUAACAGGACAGUUGCCAUUCCACCUCAAAACCAAACCAAACUAAACCAAACUACAGGCGAGAUGUGCCUGAACAGGCACUUCUCCACUUGCCACUUUUCCACCGCUUACUCUUUGAUUGAAAGGGACAUAAACCAUUGUAGCGAUAUUCAUUGUUGCCAAUCCAACAGAAACUCACUGGUUAAAUUUGGAUUUACUUACAAAAGUCCAGUGUCUUUCUGUACUGGCCAUUUGCAUUUCUGGAAAUUGCCUGUUCAUGUUCUUUAACUGUUUUUCUCCAGGUUUUUGUACUUGUUCUUAUUGUUCUCUGAGAGUGUUACAUAUUAUAGCAGUAUUGGUUCAGGAAUUACUUUGAAUCAUGUUUUUCUUGGGUAGAUAAAUUGGAAAUAUCAAUACUUUGGCCUAGGAACAGACUGAUUUCCAUGUUAAAACCAGUGCUGUAGUUUUUCACUUCUCAAACUGGCAGACAAAAAGAACAUGGAACAGCACUAGUUCACACUGUCGAGGACAACGAAUUUUCUGAAGGACAAUUUGGCAAAUAUACUUCGCAAGUCUUCAAAGCAUGCAAAGUCUUUGACCUGGUAAUUCCAACGCUAAGAUUUUAAUUAAGCUGUGAGGAUGUUCCUAGCACUUAGAAAUAACCUAAAUAUUUUAUUUUCAAAUUCAGAAGACAGUUGAAUCAAGUGUAGCAUUUUCCAUAAGACGAAAUACAACAUUAAAAGUAAGUGGCGGUAUUAUUGAUAAAUCAAUCUGUAGUGUUUUUUUCCUUCUUACCACGAACGUGGAAUACUUGGGCACACUUAAAAACAGAUUACAGCUCAUACAACAGCUAAGUACAGAACUUAAAUACACAGUUAAGAGUGACUCUCCUAGUAUUCAACAACAACAAAUUAUUCUAAUUAUCACAUACAUCUUCUGAAUUACUAAGUACUCAACAUCUUUUUCCUAAGGACAGCAUUUAAGCUCUGACUUAACCUUAAAAAUCUCAUUUCAUUCAGUUGGCCAUUCCUCCCUAAAAAGUUUUAAUACUUAUCAUUUAACAAAGUUUUUCAUUCUAGCCAAACAGUUACCAUUAUAUGUAGAAAUUCAUUGUGAGUUUUGAUUAACUUCUCUUGUGCAUAUGAAGUGCAACUUCUUUAGACUCACUUUUUAAAGGUAACUUUCCAACAUCUUUGUCACAUUAAAAAAAAAAAAAAAAAAAGAAACUGUGUUUUUCCAGUAAGACUCCAGACACUAAACUGUGGUG